UGGUUUUUCCUGCAUCAAGCAAGAAACUCUUCAUUGUUCACCAAAUAUAUUGUAUCUAGAGAGAGAAACAAAAUACUCUUUCUAGGAUCAUAUUUACAUACCUAAAUAAAUACUUAAAUAAAUACAUAAGUGUACGUACAUCUCUCAAAUAAAGAGAAAAUGAAAGGAGGGGAGAAGCAAUGUGGGAAAGUGGAUAAACUGAAGCCAAUAAUAGCGAUCAUAUCACUCCAAUUCGGAUAUGCAGGCAUGUACAUCAUUACAAUGGUUUCUUUCAAGCAUGGAAUGAACCAUUGGGUCCUUGCCACCUACCGACAUGUCGUCGCUACCAUCGUCAUGGCUCCUUUUGCUCUAAUUCUCGAAAGGAAAAUACGGCCAAAGAUGACAUGGCCAUUAUUCCUUAGGAUCCUUGCCCUCGGAAUCCUAGAACCGCUUAUGGACCAGAACUUCUACUACAUAGGAAUGAAAGCCACAUCAGCAACGUACAGUUCUGCCUUUGUUAAUGCACUUCCCGCCGUCACCUUCAUAAUGGCCGUCAUUUUCAGGUUAGAAACUGUGAAUUUGAAGAAGAUACGUAGUCUUGCAAAGGUGAUUGGAACAGCAAUAACCGUGGGUGGGGCAAUGGUAAUGACGUUAUACAAAGGUCCAGCCAUCGAGCUCAUCAAGGCCGCUCAUACCUCUAUUCACGGCGGCUCCUCUUCCGAAGCCACCGACCAACAUUGGGUUAUGGGAACGUUAGCGCUGAUGGCUAGCAUCAUCAGUUGGGCAGGUUUCUUCAUUUUACAAUCAUUCACAUUGAAAAAAUAUCCGGCGGAGCUAUCACUAGUGAUGUGGAUAUGCGGCAUGGGGACAAUCUUAAACACCGCUGCUUCCCUGGUGAUGGUUCGUGACUUGAGCGCAUGGAAAAUCGGCAUGGACUCGGGCACGCUCGCAGCGGUUUACUCCGGAGUGGUUUGUUCGGGAAUGGCGUAUUACAUACAAAGCAUUGUGAUUAGAGAACGAGGCCCAGUAUUUACGACGUCAUUUAGUCCGAUGUGCAUGAUCAUUACUGCCUUCCUUGGCGCGUUAGUUUUGGCCGAAAAGAUCCAUCUCGGAAGUAUAAUCGGGGCGGGUCUCAUCGUCUUUGGGCUAUACAGUGUUGUUUGGGGAAAAGCUAAGGACGAAGUGAUUUCGACGACGGAGGAGAAAAUAGGAAUGCAGGAGCUGCCGAUCACCAACAUAACAUCAACGGAUGGUGGUGGUAUUCCUUGUGCACCUAACAAAGGUGUGACUACUAGUACUUGAUUGCAGCUCGGAUGAAGCAAUCAAAGAAACAAAAACGAAAAAGUCAAUUGCUCUCAAUUUUUGAACAUCAAAUUUCCAAGAAGGGAAAUUUCUUUAUCUUUCUUUCUUGUUUUGUUUUUAUGCUAUUUACGUGUCCAAGUUUGUUUGUGUUUAUUUUUAGAUUCUAUGGUUUAUAAUACCUAUAAAGCUUUGCACC